UCCGUUAUCUUCCCCCUCUAGUAGUGAAAUAUUUGUGCUGAAGUUCGAUGUCGGCCUCGGCCUCAUCUUUUGUGAUUUUAUAAUAAAACGUGUACUUUGGAAGCAUUUUAUUAUAGAAUUGUUGUUUAAAUUAAACACGACAUGAAAAUGGAGUGGACUCCUCAACAGGAAGGACUAAGGGAAAUUUUAACCUUACUCAAGGAGUCACAAUCACCAGACACAGCAACUCAAAGGACUGUUCAGCAAAAACUGGAGGAGUUGAACAAGUACCCCGACUUCAAUAAUUAUUUAAUGUUUGUUUUGACGAAAUUAACCUCAGAAGAUGAACCAACCCGGUCGCUGAGUGGUUUAAUAUUGAAAAAUAACGUCAAAACACAUUACAACAGCCUCCAACCAAGUGUGACAAAUUUCGUCAAAAAUGAAUGUUUACAAGCUGUGGGUGACCCAUCCCCCUUAAUCCGGGCCACUGUUGGUAUUUUAAUAACAACAAUCGCGAGCAAAGGCGAUUUAUCGUCAUGGCCUGAACUAUUACCAGCUUUAUGCACAAUGUUGGACUCACAAGACUACAAUGUUUGUGAAGGGGCAUUUGGGGCUUUGCAGAAAAUUUGCGAAGACUCUGCUGAGGCGUUGGACGCUGACACGACAAACAAUCCUCUUGAGAUUUUAAUACCGAAGUUUUUGCAAUUUUUCAACCACUCGAGUCCCAAAAUUCGGUCGUAUGCCAUCGGAUGUGUCAACCAGUUUAUCACGCAUCGAGCUAAGGCUCUUAUGUCACACAUUGAUUCAUUUUUAACGAAUUUGUUCCACGUUGCAACUGAUGAUGAUCCAGAAGUUCGGAAGAACGUUUGCAGGGCAUUGGUUAUGCUGCUAGAAGUGCGUCUGGAUCGGCUCAUACCUCAAAUUGAAAAUAUAAUUGAAUACAUGUUGGUCAGAACACAAGAUGCUGACGAGGGCGUUGCAUUAGAAGCUUGUGAAUUUUGGCUAUCUUUGGCCGAACAACCUGUCUGUAGAAACGUCCUUGGACCCUACCUCAGUAGACUGAUUCCUGUUUUAGUUAGAAGCAUGAAGUAUUCAGAGAUUGACAUUAUUUUGCUCAAAGGUGACGUGGAGGAGGACGAGACAGUUCCUGAUCGUGACGAGGACAUCCGUCCUCGUUUCCACAAAUCAAAAACCACAAUUAAAGCAACCUCAGCAACACAGAAUGGCACAAAUUCUGAAAAUGGUAGUGUAGAAACCGACGAAGAUUUUGACGACGGAGACGACGGUGAUGACGGUUCUUUGUCCGAUUGGAAUCUGCGAAAAUGCAGUGCUGCAGCUUUGGACGUGUUGGCAAACGUUUUCCGGGAAGAUUUAUUACCAAUCCUUACGCCUAUCUUAAAAGAGACGCUUUUCCACCAGGACUGGAACAUCAAAGAAUCUGGAAUUUUGGCUUUAGGUGCGAUAGCAGAGGGCUGUAUGUCCGGAAUGGUGAAUUAUCUUCCUGAAUUGAUUCCGUAUCUAUUCAGUUGUUUAAAUGACAAAAAAGCCCUAGUUCGAGCGAUAACGUGUUGGACACUUAGUAGAUAUUCGCAUUGGGUUGUCGCUCAACCGCACGAUUUAUAUUUGAAGCCUCUUAUGACUGAAUUACUUAAAAAAAUUCUUGACGGUAAUAAACGCGUUCAAGAAGCGGCUUGUUCAGCGUUUGCGACAUUGGAAGAAGAAGCUUGCACCGAACUCGUGCCAUAUUUAGGUUUUAUAUUAGAAACUUUAGUAUUCGCCUUUUCUAAGUACCAGCACAAGAAUUUGUUAAUUUUGUACGACGCUAUUGGAACAUUGGCUGAUUCAGUGGGACACCAUUUAAACAAACCGGAUUAUAUUAGCAUGCUUAUGCCACCUUUGAUCCAGAAAUGGAAUAUCCUCAAAGAUGAGGACAAGGAUCUCUUUCCUUUAUUGGAGUGUUUAUCAAGUAUUGCAACUGCUCUUCAAUCCGGAUUUUUGCCCUACUGUGAACCAGUCUAUUGCAGAUGUGUUUCCUUAGUCCAACACACACUUUAUUUGCAGAUGGCAAAUAUGCAAAAUCCUGACCAGUUUGAUGCGCCUGAUAAGGAUUUUAUGAUUGUAGCUUUAGAUCUGUUGUCAGGAUUAGCUGAAGGCUUAGAUGGACAUAUAGAAAAACUAGUGCAAAAUAGUAAUAUCAUGGACUUGCUUCAUCACUGUAUGCAGGAUUCAAUGCCUGAAGUUAGACAGUCAUCUUUUGCAUUGCUUGGUGAUCUGACUAAAGCUUGUUUUCAACAUGUUCGCCCUCGUAUACCAGAUUUUUUGCCAAUACUCGGGCAGAAUUUAAAUCCCGAAUAUAUUUCAGUCUGCAAUAAUGCCACUUGGGCCAUUGGAGAAAUUAGUAUUAAAUUCGGUGCCGAUACACGACCUUAUAUACCUUUAGUUUUAAACCAACUUAUUGAAAUUAUAAACAGGCCAAAUACUCCCAAAACAUUAUCAGAAAAUACUGCCAUAACAAUUGGUCGACUAGGUUUUGUCUGCCCCCAUGAUGUCGCGCCCAUGUUACAACAGUUUGUACGACAGUGGUGCAUAUCAUUGCGAAAUAUCAGGGAUAAUGAAGAGAAAGAUAAUGCUUUCCGUGGCAUGUGUCACAUGAUACAGUUAAAUCCGGGAGGAGUUGUGAACGAUUUCAUUUUCUUCUGUGAUGCUGUAGCAUCGUGGAUCACACCAAAGGAUGAUUUGAAGGAAGCUUUUAUUAAGAUUCUUCACAGUUUUAAAUCGCAAGUAGGACCAGAAAAUUGGCGCCGAUUUAGCGAUCAAUUUCCACCACAACUUAACGAAAGACUUUCACAACUUUAUGGAAUAUGAAGUGUCACAGGGUAAAAGGGGCUAUAGACAAACUGUAGAAUCGGGGUGGGGCAACUUGGAUAACUCGCGAUAACUCAGCCAGGUUUUACCAGGAUCAAGAGGGUGGGUUCUUUAGAAACGUUACUUAAAUAUCAACAAGGAGAACCUAUACUCGCAAGUUGUUAUUUGUUAACUAUCACCUAAUUUAAGAAGUAUUGAUUUGUUUUCGUUUUUUACAUGGUAACAAAAGACUGAGUAUAGGUUUAACUAAUUCAAAUUAUUAAUGUUAAAAAAUUGGGAUUUUCAAUGAAAACAAGUGCUUAAGUGUGUAGUGUUUAACUGUUAUAAGUCUAAGUAAUUCUACAGUGCACUUAUUUAAUUAAGCAUCAGUUUAAUUGUUAGAUAAUUCAAGUUAAAAGUUAUACACUUAAGUUGGAUAAAAUUAGACAAAGUAGUUAUGCAUGUGGUUUGGUAUUUUAGGUUGUAUUUGUUAACAAAAUGUGUGAGUGCUUAAAUAACUAGUUUCGCCUUCAAUUUUGGAGGGGAAUUAAAAUCGGUAUUUGUAACCUUGAUCCUUAGAGGACUUCUGGCUCCUAAAACCUAGUCCUUCCCUGCUCCUAAUCCACUGUGAUUUGACCGCGUGUGAAUGAGUUUUGUAAUAUAUAAAGUGAUGUGAUAAUAAGUUAGUGAACCUGAAAUCCUUAAAGUUUAUUUGUGAUACUUUUUAGAUAUAACUAUAUUAAGACUCGCAAGUAUUAGUCGAUGGAUUUUUUUUAUAGAUGUUGAUCAGGUUUGUACAGUACUUGCCAAAAAUAUUGGUAUCAAAUUUGAUUUAACGACGGUAAGUGAGAUCUUUCAACCUUUUGUGUUUUUUUUUUGUAGAUGCAAUAUUUACUCAUCGUUGUUUUGUUCUAAGUAUGUGUGAAUGAGUUGUCCUUUUGGCUACAGAAGUCUUCGUUCCUUCAACACUCCGUGAUCCAUUCCUUUUGUAUUCCUUUCUCAUUUAAGUUAGAUUUAUUUAGGUGUGAAUAUUUGUUUAGCCACCACUUAGCGCAAAGGCAUAUGUUUUCUGUUCAUUUUUUUUUAGUUUUGUAUUUCAUGCACAGGCUAAAUGGGUAUUUAUCCUCGUUUUCAGUUAACAAAUGUGAUUGGUGUAAAAUGUUAAUAAUUGAAAUUGUCACUUUAAUAAAGAAUAUAUUUCAAUUCUUUGCAGUGAUCUCUGUCAUAACUUCAUCGAAAAAAACAAUUCAAACUUAUGUUCUUUGUUAAAGUUUUCACAACAAUUAUUUUCUGUAAGUACAUGUGAAAUGUAUUAUUUUUUAUAAGUUAAUAUUGUUUCUGAACAAAUAAUUUCAAUUAAAAGUUCACCAAAGU